GUUAGUUAUCAUAUGACGAGGGAGCAAGAGUGACGAUUAACGACCAUUGUCAACUAAACAAGGCAAUUAUUACCAUGCUGGAGUCAUUAUGAUACUACAAGAGUGGUACUGUUUGGCAUAUAUUGGCCUAGUAGUUGGAGGUGGACAUGUGCUGGCAUAUAAUGAUAACCCAUUGAUAAUAAAAAACACAGGCCCGGUGGUCCUUGACAUGCCAAUAUGGUUUUCUGCUGUCCUUACUGAUUAUGAAGAUGGAGAACAACUGUCAUGGUAUUGGUCAGAUAAUCUCUUUCAUGAAGAGUAUCUGAACAUCAAUACAAAGGAAUGCUUCUGGAAUGCCACUUAUGAUUAUGACACAUAUGCUUGGUAUACUGGAAAUAUCACUGUUCAUCUCUCUGUCAGCAAAUACUUUGGUGUGAUUUGGGUCCCAAGAGCAGAAGCAUUUACAACUUUUGAACUCACAGCAUUCUUGAAUGGAAGGCUGACUGUAUUUCAACCAGAUGUCAUUCUGCCAACGCCAGGCCUAAUCUCAACUACCAAUGAAACCAACAUCACAGCACUCGUGUAUGAUCCACAUGACUGGCUCAAACAGCGUACUGAAGUGGCCACAUUCUAUUGGGUCAUUAAUGAUAAUGUACGUGCUUCUUGCUCGACACCAUCUUUAAUUAUCAACAUAACUAAGGCUGAUGACUAUACCAUCCAAGCCAAUAUUAUUAUGGACAUCUCUGAUGAAAUUAUCACCACCACUACUACAACGACAACAACAACCACCACCACCACAACAACCACUACACCUAAGCCAGAUAAUAAAACUACCACAAAACCUCCAGCAACCACAACACCGCCCCCAACAACUACUACACCUAGUAAUACCACAACAAUACCAACACCCCCACCACCUAAUCCUAGACAUUGGAGAUGUGAUGGAUACUGGCCACAGGCAGGACAUGGCAGUGGUUCACCAGAGUCCAGAAAUCUGAAGUUGGGUCACUUUCAUGUGAAGGUCUCUGCUAAAGCACCGAUUGGGCAACUGAAUACAACUGGAAAAACUUGGCUGAAACAUGGAGAACUGUUCAAUGUGACUAUCCAGUGUUCUGGUACUGGUCCCUGGGGUUAUUGUCAUAAAGUUUACAGUGGAGUUUACAAUAUCACUGGUAAUGAGACAUGUGAUUUUGCUGACAAGAUCAUGACUAAUGACUGUAACUUCUUGGCCAUCCAUUAUUUCCGGGAAACUGGAACCCACACCUAUCUGCUCAUCAUCAGCAAUGACAUAUCAACCGUUAUACGACCCAUACCUGUUAUCAUUUACAAUGUGGACCGUAAGCCUCAGCUGUCAUACAUCAUCAUUCCAGUGUCUUGCAGCUUGGUAGUCAUCAUCAUUAUAGUAUUUGGCAUUGCCUACUUCAUUCAAAGCAGACAAAGGUAUUCAGUCGAGGUGGCGGACUUUGACUUUGUAGCGAGUGAAGAGCCAAAUUACAAAACAUUAUAUGAGCAGCUGAAGGAAUCAAUCUCUCAAGCCAUCUCUGGACAGGAUUGGGAAGGAGAUGAAGACAAUAAGUGGCGGGGCAGAGCACAUGUUGUGGAGAGACCCUUGAUCCUUGAGGAAGAAGACUAAUCUAUUGUAAGAUCUGAGUGCCUUGUUUUUGUUUUAGAUGUUUACAUACAAACAGUAUUAACUGUAGGUACUGUAGUCAGUAUCACCUGCUCUUCCUUUCCCCCAAGCCUCUUCCUAGAAAAAGCGGCAUAACAUCUUUGCCGGCCUUUUGUCUUAUGCUGACUUGGUUUUUAUGAUAAUGCAUUAGUUGUUUAAUGUCAAAGAAGUUUUAGUCAGGCCAGUCACUACAGUUUGUAUUUACAUCAAUAAAUUACUUGGGAAUAUCCUUUUUGCUCUUAUUUAAUAUUGUUUAACUAAAGGCAGUGCUCAAAAGUUUUUUGUUAUUGUCAAUUAAAAGUCAAGUCAUCAACGUCAACAACUAAUGACUUGUCUUGUAAAUAUGUUUCUUGAUUAACUAUUUCAACUUUAAUGUAUUAAUUUGAUUUCUCUGGUGUAUUUUACUUGUGAUAAAUAUAUGUACAGUACUGUAUUUCAAGCCAGACAAUUCUCUAUGUAUUUGCAGAUUUUCAAGUUUGUCAUGUUGUUCUUGACCAGAUAUGACUUAUACAGUAUACUCUCGAUUUAACAGAAUCCGAUAUAACAAAUUCUCGAUUUAGCGGAAGGUUUUAUUUUUUUAUUUUCUCUCGAUUUUGGAACUAGUUCACUCAAUGGAGAUUAAUUCCGUUAAUACACUCACACCUAUGGAGACACCUCAGAUAGAUGAUACAGUAAAUGCACAUGGUUGGUGUGUGGGUGGUAAGAGUGAGGUGAUAUGCCAAGACACUUACACAGCACACACAUUAACAGCACUACUAAACUAUUGUCUUAUAACAUUUGACUUUAUAAUUUUUAUUUUAGAAUUAAUUGAUACAUGAUGGCUCGAUCUGGAUAUUUUUGCACUUAGACAACUGAUCAGUAAAUAAACCAGGGCAUAUGGAGACACAUUGUACACUAGUGGUGCCACAAAGCUUGCAACUGCAGCCACAACGCAUAAAUUAUCAAAACCUGUACUCAAAUGUAUGAGGUUAAUUACUAAAAAUUUUAUGUCUAGUGCAAAGUAUGGGAAAUGUAUACUCAAAUUAAUCACAAUCUUACAAGAAUUCCAACAAAGCAAAUUAUGUUCUGCUAACACAAGCCGAUGACAUUUAUCAACUGAUAAUUACACACCCGUCCUGGCUGUCAACACCCCCCCCCCCUUCCACCUCCUCCCAGCCAGCAGGGAAGGCAGAUAGCACUGGGUGAUAACAAUUAAUGGAAUGAAGCUGAUUUUGGGCUUAAAGUUUUUCUCUUGUAAAAUGUCUCAGAUUUAACUUAGCAGAAUAUAACUUGCAUUACUGGAAUCCUUGCAAGAUAGCAAUUAAUUUCAGUGUAAACAUCUCAUAGUUUGCAAAUGAAAUAACUUUUUAGUUCUUUAGCUUGGUACUUUUGAGUACAAAAUGGUUACAGUAAUAUGUUGCUCAAAAUUAUGGCUUUUUCACAGGGAAAAGUCUAUAUAACUAGCCCCAGUGGUCAGGAUAUUAUGGUAUUAAAUGAUACAGAUUAUUUCAGAUAAAUUCUUUUAGUUCUGUACAGAGACUAGUAGAAACUGACUGCUCACCUCUAAAGAGGUUGUUUGAGUCUGUCAUUCUUACUGGGCAAAAUAUUGUUUAUUUGUUAUUUAUUAAUUAGUAAAUAUAUGUUACUGUAAUAAUUUGAGCUAUUUAAUACCAGUACCCUUCAUAUACAGUAAAAUACUUAUUUUUACCGUAUUAUUCGGCUUGUCAUUUAAGGAUAUCAUAUUGGAAACAUCUUGUAGAGAAUUUAUUAAGGAUCAUUAUGGUAUGAAAUUCAUCUCCCUAUCACAAUAACCAUGGUUGAGUGAGGAAGGAGGGAAGAAAAGUGACCCCAUGACCCUCUCCCCUCCAAAAGGUUCGCCUCCCACCAUCUCCAGCCAUCCGUGUGACUGCUUUCUCGCUCCUUAUUGUAAAAUUUUAUGUAACGUAAUAUUGAAGGGAUACAACUUUGUUCAUUUAUACUUAUUACAAACUCCCCCAAAAUACUUAAGCUUUGUAUUUAUUCAAGACAUCUUCAGGUCAUGAGAACCACUAAUCCCCCACCCAAGAAAGAGUGACCUGACAUUCCAUCCCUGUAAAUUCAGUUGCCUCUGAAGAUGUCUUGAAUAAAAGAUGAAAGCUAAGGUGCUCCAGUGUAUACUUAGUUGACCAAGAAGUAGCAGUGAACAACACACACAGUGGCGGCAGGACUCAGACUGAGCGGCGGAAAGCUCGUUUUAGCGGAAAUUUUGAUUUAACGAACAUGGGUGGCUUGAAUUAGUUCGUUAAAUUGAGAAAAUACUGUAUAAAUUUAGGGAGAAAUUUAUGGAGCCAAAGAGCAUAGAUUGGGUUAGGUGACAAAAAUGAGAGUUAUUUAUGAGGUCAGAGUGUUUCUCUCUUUCACAGAAAGAACAAACAUGUUUUAUUUUAUUGUAUAAAGUUGAUAAUAAUAAUAGCUUUUCUAGUGGUCUUUCAAUGAAAUAUAUUUUUAUUUAGAGAAUUAUAAUAUAUUUUGGUUUUAUUCAUAAAUGACCAUAUAGUAAACCCCUGAUAUAACAUACUAAUUGAGAGGAAGGCCAGUCUGUUGAAGCCGUAAGUCCGUUAUAUUCGGAUCUGGAAUUUAAUAACCAACUUGGUCCAUUAUAUACAGUCAGUUCUGCUAUAACGCGAUAGUUGUGUUCUUGUAAAACAUCGUGUUAUAGAAAUUCGCGUAAUAGAAAUAACAGGGCUAAUGGAGAAAAUAGGGUUAGGUGCAGAUUACUUCUCG